AUGGCUCAAAUUACUGAAGAGAUCGAUUAUGAAGCUUUGCCCGAGAACGCUUCCUUGUCUGCCAGUUUGCUUGCCGGUGCCUUUGCCGGUAUCGCUGAGCAUGCCAUCAUGUACCCUGUCGAUUCGAUCAAGACAAGAAUGCAAAUCCUUCAACCUACUCCUCAGGCCGUAUACAGUGGAGUCAUCAAUGCUGUCUCCAAGAUCUCAACAACAGAGGGUGCAAAAACGUUGUGGAGAGGCGUCAACUCUGUGAUCUUGGGUGCAGGACCUGCUCACGCUCUCUACUUUGGCACAUAUGAGUAUGCUAAGGAUGCAUUUGGAGGCAAUGGAAUUGGGCAUCAUCCCCUUGCUGCAGGUACUGCAGGUGCCUGUGCAACCAUUGCAAGCGAUGCAUUGAUGAAUCCUUUUGAUGUGAUUAAGCAGCGUAUGCAGGUUCAUGGAUCCGUUUACAAGAGCGUAUUUGACUGCGCCACUAAAGUAUACAAGUUGGAGGGACUUCGAGCUUUUUACAUCUCCUAUCCAACCACCUUGACCAUGACCAUCCCUUUCCAAUCCAUUCAAUUCGCCACAUAUGAAUAUCUUCGUAAGGUUUUGAACCCCACAGGAGUAUAUGAUCCUUUGACACAUAUCACAGCAGGAGGUAUUGCUGGUGCAGUAGCUGCUGCUGCGACUACACCUUUGGACGUAGCCAAAACAUUGUUGCAGACCCGUGGAGAGGCCACAGAUGUGAGGAUAAGGAAUUGUAAUGGUUUAUUUGAGGCAUUCAAAUUGAUCUAUCAACGUCAAGGUCUAGCUGGAUUUGCAAAGGGUAUUCAACCUAGAAUAUUGAGCCAUAUGCCCUCAACAGCCAUCUGCUGGGGUGUCUAUGAAUAUGGUAAAUGGUUCUUAAGUCGUAACAACGCAGAUCAACAUCCCAUCAACAUGCAUUAA